CAAGUCCUCGAAGACCAGCAGAACAUCAGGCUCAUCAGGGAGCUGCUGCAGACCCUCUACACGUCCUUGUGCACGCUGGUGCAGAGAGUCGGCAAGUCUGUGCUGGUCGGGAACAUCAACAUGUGGGUAUACCGGAUGGAGACGAUUCUGCACUGGCAGCAGCAGCUGAACAGUAUCCAAAUCACCCGGCCCGCCUUCAAAGGCCUCACCCUCACCGACCUGCCCCUGUGCCUCCAGCUGAACAUCAUGCAGAGGCUGAGUGACGGGCGCGACCUGGUCAGCCUCGGCCAGGUGGCCCCCGACCUGCACGUGCUCAGUGAGGACCGGCUGCUGUGGAAGAAACUCUGCCAGUACCACUUCUCCGAGCGACAGAUCCGCAAGCGAUUAAUUUUAUCAGACAAAGGACAGCUGGACUGGAAGAAGAUGUAUUUUAAACUUGUGCGCUGUUACCCACGGAAAGAGCAGUACGGAGACACCCUUCAGCUCUGCAGACACUGUCACAUUCUUUCCUGGAAGGGCACUGACCACCCGUGCACAGCCAAUAACCCAGAGAGCUGCUCCGUUUCCCUCUCACCCCAGGACUUUAUCAACUUGUUCAAGUUCUGAAUCCCAGCUCGGGACAACACUUCGAAGGGCUCCCCAGCUGAUCGGAUGGUUGGGAAUACGGAGCUCGGACACUUCCUUUGUAUAUAGUGUACAUUUGAAACACUGGCUCAGAACUUGUGAGCUAAGUCACUGAGAGGACGUUGGAAGGGGAGAGAGAUGCAGCUGCCGGCUGGGAGUCUCAGAAUACGGACUUCUCAUUAGAACUGGUAUGGAAAAGCGGAAAUACUGUCCAUAAGCUGUUUUCCUAACUAUUUGCCGGCAAGACUGUAAGGGCAGGAAUUCAGUUUCGUCUGUGAAAAUGGAAUUCUCGUGUUCACUGAGACUCCUUGGUAGUUCCCUAGGGAUGUGGAAAAGAAGGGCAGAACUCAAAUUCAAGAUAGAACACUCUGUUUACAAUGUGAAAAUUUGCUUUUUAAAGAAAGAGAAGAGGACAACAUACGCGAAAUCCCUGUGCUUCGGUUUAAAUUGGGGG